UAAAUAAAUUCUCAAUAUAGUGGAAAGAGUACAAUGGUAAGGUAGCACUGGAUGAUGAGACAUCUAUUGAAGUUAGCUGCAUAAUACACAUAUGCUGCUUGUUGACAGUUGUUCAUUUCCGCUGUGUUGUUGAUCGUAUUUGUAAAGUAUUAUACAUCAGUGCUCUUAUAUUGAAAGAAAUAUAAAAUGUAUAAAUUUAUAAUCUAAUUUUGUAAAAACACUAUAAAUUGGAAUACUAAAUAUGUUGUGCUCGCUAUACAAUUGAGAAGAUAUCUUUUCUUAACCUCUUGAAAGUAAUUUCAAAUCUAUCCACACUCUGGAAGAUUUUCUAUUGCUUUACUCGAGUGGACAUGGCGCAUAGACUCCUUAAAAAGUACCCUCGAUCCAUUUAUAGAAGCACUGAAAAAGCUAAACAACAUUUUAAUUAUUUGCUUGUAGUAGACUUUGAAAGCACAUGUGAACGGUACGUAAAAAUGCAACCUCAAGAAAUUAUUGAAUUUCCUUGUGCAGCAGUGUCAACGAGGACCUGGAAUAUAGAGAAUGUUUUCCAUGAAUACGUUAAACCAAAAAUUAAUCCAGAACUUACUCCAUUUUGCACAGAACUUACUGGUAUCAUACAGGACAUGGUAGAUAAUCAGCCUCAUUUUCCAGAAGUAUUUGACAAGUUUUGUAAGUGGAUAGAAGAGCACAAUUAUUUUACAGAGGGAAACAAUUGUGUAUAUGUAACUUGCGGUGAUUGGGAUAUGAAAUCCAUGCUACCACAACAAUGUAAACUAGAUAAUAUACCUGUACCUGAUCAUUUUCAAAAGUGGAUAAACUUAAAAAAUAUUUUCUGCGACGUAACUCAAUAUUAUCCACGGUCUUUGAAAGAUAUGCUUGCAUUUCUUAAACUUCCUUUACAUGGAAGACUGCAUUCUGGAAUAAAUGAUGUAGAAAAUAUGGUUAGGAUAAUUCAAGCUCUUCAAGCAAAACACGACAUAGUGUAUAAGUAAAACCAAAGCCAAAUUUUGUAAAUAAAUAGGAAUAAUAUUUUACUGAAAUAAAAACAAACUUGUUUAUUGAAAACUAA